ACCAAUCCACUCUUCCCGUCCUUUUUUUCUCAACUCCCCUUUGCUGUCCCCACCCCAGAUUCCCGUGCAAUUUUCCCCAAUCCCAAACACUUAAUUGAGCAAUUGGGAUUCCUCACGUGUGGGCUGAUUUGUAGUUUGAACACGUGGCUCAUUCAAAAAAGCCGGAAUAGCAGCGGAUUUUUUUUCCUCCCCUUUCUUCUUCUUCUUAUUCUAGGCUCUAGACUUAGAGGCGGGCGCCAGCCUUACCGUGUGUGACAUUCUCUGUCUCUUUGCCAACGGGUUUGGAGGAAGACACAAAGUAGUUUCUCCUCCUUUUUUUUUUCACCCAGCCCGCCAUUAUUUGGAGACACGAGAUUAAUAAUUAAGCAUUUAUUUAUUGCGCGAUAGACUGAGGGGCGAGGGAGCGCAAACGCACUGUGAGGCUGCCAGUUUAAAUCUAUCUGUGGCUUGAACGACCGGGAAGCACGCCACAGCCACUCCGUAGUAGUAAAGGCGAUUUGGGCUACUCUAAACUCUGCACAUCCGCGAGAGCGAAUAUCUGCCUCUCCCCUCCGCGUAAAGGUUGACCCUUUUCGGCAUAGAACAUGAAUAAGCUAUACAUUGGCAACGUGAGUGCAGAGGCGAGCGAGGAGGACUUCGAAAGUAUCUUUGAGCAGUGGAAGAUUCCGCACAGUGGUCCAUUUCUCGUCAAAACUGGCUAUGCGUUUGUGGAUUGCCCGGACGAGAAAGCUGCAAUGAGGGCCAUCGAUAUUCUUUCAGGUAAAGUAGAACUUCAUGGGAAAGUUCUCGAAGUGGAGCACUCGGUGCCUAAACGUCAAAGAAGCUGUAAGCUGCAGAUCAGAAACAUCCCGCCUCAUAUGCAGUGGGAGGUUUUGGAUGGUAUGCUGGCGCAAUAUGGUGCAGUAGAGAGCUGUGAACAAGUAAACACUGAUACGGAAACUGCAGUAGUCAAUGUUCGCUAUGCAGCUAAGGACCAGGCAAGACUAGCCAUGGAGAAGCUGAACGGCUCUAUGAUGGAGAACUAUGCCUUGAAAGUGUCUUAUAUCCCCGAUGAGACGGCCGCCCCGGAGGGUCCCUCAGCAGGGGGCAGGAGAGGGUUCAACGCCCGCGGGCCGCCUCGCUCUGGCUCUCCGGGUUUGGGGGCGAGGCCCAAAAUGCAGUCGGACAUCCCGCUGCGCAUGCUGGUGCCCACGCAGUUUGUGGGCGCCAUCAUCGGCAAGGAGGGCGCCACAAUCCGCAACAUCACCAAGCAGACACAUUCAAAGAUUGACAUCCACAGGAAAGAAAACGCAGGCGCGGCGGAGAAGCCGAUCACCAUCCACUCGACUCCCGAGGGCUGCUCGAAGGCUUGUAGCACCAUCAUGGAGAUCAUGCAGAAGGAAGCCGUAGACACCAAGUUCACUGAGGAAAUCCCACUGAAGAUCCUCGCGCACAACAACUUUGUGGGAAGAUUGAUAGGGAAGGAAGGACGCAACCUAAAGAAAAUUGAGCAGGACACGGGGACCAAGAUCACAAUAUCACCUCUUCAGGACCUCACCUUGUAUAACCCAGAGCGAACCAUCACAGUUAAGGGCGCUAUUGAGGCCUGCUCAAGAGCGGAGGAAGAGGUGAUGAAGAAGGUCCGGGAGUCGUACGACAGCGACAUGGCCGCCAUGAACCUCCAAUCCAACCUGAUUCCAGGCUUGAAUCUAAACGCUUUGGGUUUGUUCCCCAGUGGAGCAGCAGGCAUGGGUCCUUCAAUGUCCAAUGUCCCCCCUCCUGGAGCCCACGGGGCAUGUGCUUCUUUUGGAUGCAGUCCUUAUGGGGGUGAGGGGCAACUUUGGGCCUCUAUGGUGUCGGCUAGCAGCCAGCCCCUCGCCGGACAGCCCGAGUCGGAGACGGUUCACCUGUUCAUUCCUGCACUUGCAGUGGGAGCCAUCAUCGGAAAACAGGGCCAACACAUCAAACAACUGUCACACUUUGCAGGAGCCUCCAUCAAGAUUGCCCCAGCAGAAGGAAUGGAUGCCAAGCAAAGGAUGGUCAUCAUUGUUGGACCACCAGAGGCUCAGUUUAAGGCCCAGUGUCGUAUCUUUGGUAAGUUGAAAGAGGAGAAUUUCUUUGGACCCAAGGAAGAGGUCAAGCUGGAGGCUCACAUCAAGGUUCCCUCGUUUGCUGCCGGCCGCGUCAUCGGGAAGGGUGGAAAGACGGUCAAUGAGCUGCAGAACUUGACCUGCGCUGAAGUGGUGGUGCCCCGGGACCAGACUCCGGACGAGAACGACCAGGUCAUCGUGAAGAUCAGCGGACACUUCUUUGCGUGCCAGCUGGCUCAGCGGAAGAUCCAGGAGAUCCUGGCCCAGGUGAGGAGGCAGCAGCAGCCCAAGCCCGCGGCCGGGGCCCAGCCCCCGAUGCCCCGCAGGAAGUAG